GGAAGUUUGUCCCUCAUGUCUCUCUGUAGUUUUAGAGACAUUUGACAGCGCGCCUUAAAGAAAAAUAUUUCGCGGGAAUUAAAAUCAGAAAAAUAACACGCAGCAGCUCAAACAAAACAGUGACUGGAGGACUGUGUCUGAAAUAACAUUACAAAAAUGAGUUUGUGGGUGGACAAAUACAGACCUACCUCUCUGGGGAAAUUGGACUACCACAAAGAGCAAGCAAAUCAGCUGAAAAACCUGGUCCAGUGUGGUGACUUCCCACAUCUGUUGGUGUACGGGCCGUCUGGCGCAGGGAAGAAGACUCGUAUCAUGUGUCUGCUGAGAGAACUGUACGGCGCUGGGGUGGAGAAACUACGCAUUGAACACCAGACCGUAACGGCUCCCUCUAAGAAGAAGAUUGAGAUCAACACCAUAGCCAGUAACUACCACCUGGAAGUCAACCCAAGCGAUGCUGGUAACAGUGACCGUGUGGUCAUCCAGGAACUGAUCAAGACUAUGGCCCAGUCUCAACAGAUCCAGACCAGCACACAGAGGGAGUUCAAAGUUGUCCUGUUGACGGAGGUGGACCGCCUCACUAAGGAUGCCCAGCAUGCAUUGCGUCGUACCAUGGAGAAGUACAUGUCCACCUGCCGGCUCAUCCUCUGCUGUAACUCCACCUCCAAAGUCAUUGGACCAAUCAGGAGCAGGUGUCUGGCCGUCAGGGUGCCCCUGCCCAGUACAGAGGAGGUGUGUAAUGUUCUGUCUGCAGUGUGUAGGAAGGAGGGUCUGCUGCUCCCCCCUGAGUUGGCCAAACGGAUCUCGGAGAAGUCUGGACGCAACCUCCGCAAAGCGCUACUGAUGUGUGAGGCCUGCAGAGUGCAACAGUACCCGUUCUCAGCAGACCAGGACAUCCCGGAGACCGACUGGGAGGUCUACCUGAGGGAGACGGCCAACGCCAUCGUCAGCCAGCAGAGUCCUCAGAGGUUGUUAGAGGUGAGGGGGAGACUGUAUGAGUUGCUGACUCACUGUAUUCCUCCUGAGAUCAUCAUGAAGGGCCUGGUAACAGAGCUGCUAGGUAACUGCGACGGCCAGCUGAAGGCCGAGGUGACUCACAUGGCAGCCCACUACGAACACCGACUGCAGCUGGGCAAUAAGGCCAUCUACCAUCUAGAGGCCUUUACCGCCAGGUUCAUGGCCAUCUACAAGAAGUUCAUGGAGGACGGCCUGGACGCCAUGAUGUUCUGAUCGCCCUCCUCUCUCUCUCCUUACUCUAAAUCUCUCUCCUCUCUCUCCUUACUCUAAAUCUCUCUCUCCUUUCCUCUCUCCUUACUCUAAAUCUCUCUCUCCUUAUUCUAAAUCUCUCUCUCCUUUCCUCUCUCCUUACUCUAAAUCUCUCUCUCCUCUCUCCUUUCCUCUCUCCUUUCCUCUCUCCUUACUCUAAAUCUCUCUCUCCUCUCUCCUUUCCUCUCUCCUUACUCUAAAUCUCUCUCUCCUCUCUCCUUUCCUCUCUCCUUACUCUAAAUCUCUCUCUCCUCUCUCCUUUCCUCUCUCCUUACUCUAAAUCUCUCUCUCCUCUCUCCUUUCCUCUCUCCUUACUCUAAAUCUCUCUCUCCUUACUCUAAAUCUCUCUCUCCUUACUCUAAAUCUCUCUCUCCUUACUCUAAAUCUCUCUCUCCUUACUCUAAAUCGCUCUCUCCUUACUCUAAAUCUCUCUCUCCUUACUCUAAAUCGCUCUCUCCUCUCUCCUUUCCUCUCUCCUCUCUCCUUACUCUAAAUCGCUCUCUCCUCUCUCCUUUCCUCUCUCCUUACUCUAAAUCGCUCUCUCCUCUCUCCUUUCCUCUCUCCUCUCUCCUUACUCUAAAUCUCUCUCUCCUUACUCUAAAUCGCUCUCCUCUCCUCUCUCCUUACUCUAAAUCUCUCUCUCCUUACUCUAAAUCUCUCUCUCCUUACUCUAAAUCUCUCUCUCCUUACUCUAAAUCUCUCUCCUCUCUCCUUACUCUAAAUCUCUCUCUCCUCUCUCCUUACUCUAAAUCUCUCUCUCCUUACUCUAAAUCUCUCUCUCCUCUCUCCUUUCCUCUCUCCUUACUCUAAAUCUCUCUCUCCUUACUCUAAAUCGCUCUCUCCUCUCUCCUUACUCUAAAUCGCUCUCUCCUCUCUCCUUUCCUCUCUCCUCUCUCCUUACUCUAAAUCUCUCUCUCCUUACUCUAAAUCGCUCUCCUCUCUCUCCUUUCCUCUCUCCUUACUCUAAAUCUCUCUCUCCUCUCUCCUUACUCUAAAUCUCUCUCUCCUCUCUCCUUACUCUAAAUCUCUCUCUCCUUACUCUAAAUCUCUCUCUCCUUACUCUAAAUCUCUCUCUCCUUACUCUAAAUCUCUCUCUCCUUACUCUAAAUCUCUCUCUCCUUACUCUAAAUCUCUCUCUCCUUACUCUAAAUCUCUCUCUCCUUACUCUAAAUCUCUCUCUCCUUACUCUAAAUCUCUCUCUCCUUACUCUAAAUCUCUCUCUCCUUACUCUAAAUCUCUCUCUCCUCUCUCUCUCCUUACUCUAAAUCUCUCUCUCCUCUCUCUCUCCUUACUCUAAAUCUCUCUCUCCUUACUCUAAAUCUCUCUCUCCUCUCUCCUGUCCUCUCUCCUUACUCUAAAUCUCUCUCUCUCCUUACUCUAAAUCUCUCUCUCCUCUUUCUCCUUACUCUAAAUCUCUCUCUCCUCUUUCUCCUUACUCUAAAUCUCUUUUCUCUCUCUCCUUAGUCUAAAUCUCUCUCUCCUCUCUCUCCUUAGUCUAAAUCUCUCUCUCCUCUCUCUCCUUAGUCUAAAUCUCUCUCUCCUCUCUCUCUCCUUAGUCUAAAUCUCUCUCUCCUCUCUCUCUCCUUAGUCUAAAUCUCUCUCUCCUCUCUCUCUCCUUAGUCUAAAUCUCUCUCUCCUUAGUCUAAAUCUCUCUCUCCUCUCUCUAAAUCUCUCUCUCCUCUCUCCUUAGUCUAAAUCUCUCCCGUCUCCAUGACGUUCUGAUCGAACUCGACUUGCUCUUUCUCCCCAUCAUCUUCAUCGUCCUUCAGGAUGUCUUGAUGUUGUGAUCUAAUACUCCCUCUGCAUCUCCUCACUCAUAAUAUGAGUGGAUCAGAGGCCCAGUCUUUGGUUGAUAUCAGUAAUUGAUUGAUCAGGAUAGUGAAACCUCUCCUCUCUGUGUACUGUCUUAUUGAACCCAGGCUGUAAAAUAAAGUUGACUUUCAUACAAA